CUUUCCUGCCGCCAGCCUGAGCAUGGUCCCAGCCAGUCUUUGCCUCCAUGCCCAAGAAUAAAGGAAAAGGAGGUAAAAACAGGCGUAGAGGGAAGAAUGAGAAUGAAUCCGAAAAGCGAGAGCUUGUGUUCAAGGAGGAUGGACAAGAAUAUGCUCAAGUAAUCAAAAUGUUGGGAAACAGACGACUGGAAGCCAUGCGUUUUGAUGGUGUAAAGAGGCUGUGCCACAUCAGAGGGAAAUUAAGAAAAAAGGUUUGGAUAAAUACCUCAGAUAUCAUAUUGGUGGGCCUCCGAGAUUUCCAGGACAACAAAGCCAAUGUCGUUUUAAAAUACAAUGCAGAUGAAGCUAGAAGUCUCAAGACCUAUGGUGAGCUUCGGGAGCAUGCUAAAACCAAUGAAACUGAUACAUUUGGUCCUGGAGAUGAUGAUGAAAUUCAGUUCGAUGACAUUGGGGAUGAU